GUUUUUGAAGAAUUUGUGAAUCUUCCUAAUCUUCAUAUUAAUGCUCAUUUGGCAUUACAUGCACAGUCAUAUGGAAAUCUUAUCAAUAUAGCAGUUGGUAUAAAAGAAAUGGUUCAUCAAAUUUUUAAAAGUAUAGUACUACGAACAAAUUGCAAGAAUAUUGAAUUAGACUUGUUAAAACGUUAUACAACCUUAUUUGCUAUAAGGCAUCUAAUUGAUAGUGGAAUUGAUUUUAUUGCUAAUAACUCACUAGUUUUUCAAGAAAAUGAGUUUAAUGAUGAUGAAGAAAUGAUACCAUCUCAAAUAAACAGUUCUGAAUUCAAGUCAGAACUAAUGCUUUCUUAUCAAGAUUUUGAACAAAAUGCUGCUCUUAUUAAUAAGUCGAUAAGUUUCUAUCAAAAUGUAACAUAUUUGAUUGAAAAUGAAUAUAGAAUAAUUGAAAAAUGUUCACUAAGCCUUGGAGAUAUUGUUACUAUUGAGGAAGAAGAAGAGGAAGAAAGCUUUGCUAUGAUUAAAACAAUUUUUCGGCAUAAGAGUAAUGAUAGGCAUUUCUAUACAUUUAUUAUGAUUGAUUGGUUUGAAAAUACUAAUCAAAUAAAUAAUCUACUAGAAUGUCCUAUUUAUAAGAUUCAAUCAACUAAUAAUAAAAAGUAG